CUCUUCUCAUUGCAGGAUGAACAGUUUUUAGGUUUUGGUUCAGAUGAAGAAGUCAAAGUACGAAGUCCCACCAGGUCCCCCACAGUUAAAUCUAGUCCACGGAAACCUCGCGGGAGGCCCCGGAGCAGUUCUGACCGAAGUUCAACUGUACUGUCGGACUCGUCAUCAGUGUGUUCCCCUUCAAGCAAGUCUGAAACCACAUCCAUGGAGAAAGUAAAGAAGAAGGAAUCAAAGAGUGGGGAAAAAAGACGAGGAAGACCUCCAACACUUACAAGUGUGAAGUUCAAAUUGUCACAGGACAAGGACACAUCGGACAUUCAGAAGGGCAGCAAAGAAGAAAAAGAGAGUCUGAAAAAAAUCAAAAGAUCACCAUCCACUACAUUUCAGCAAGCAACUAAAAUCAAGAAAUUAAGAACUAGUAAGCUUUCCCCGCUGAAAUCUAAAUUUAAGCCUGGGGCAAAACUUCAGAUUGGGAGGAAGAGUGUUCAGAUUGUGCGCAGGAGAGGCAGGCCACCGUCCUCUGAACGUUUAAAGACUUCCUCAACUUUAGUCAUAAACUCACAGCUGGAGAAGCCCCAGAGGAUUCGCAAAGAAAAGGAUGGCACACCACCUCUCACGAAGGAAGAUAAGGCUGCUGUCAGACAGAGUCCACGCAGGAUUAAACCUGUUAGGAUUAUACCUUCCACCAAAAGGACGGAUGCUGCAAUUGCUAAGCAACUCUUGCAGAGGGCUAAAAAGGGAGCACAAAAAAAGAUUGAGAAAGAAGCAGCCAAACUGCAGGGCAGGAAGGGGAGAACCCAGCUCAAAAAUAUUCGGCAGUUCAUCAUGCCAGUUGUGAGUGCAAUCUCUUCACGGAUUAUCAAAACACCCAAACGGUUUAUUGAGGAUGAAGACUAUGAUCCUCCUAUUAAAAUAUCCAGACUAGAAUCCACACCAAACAGCAGGUUCAGCACUACAUCUUGUGGCUCCAGUGAAAAGUCCAGUGCUGCUUCUCAGCAUUCCUCUCAGAUGUCUUCAGAUUCCUCACGGUCCAGCAGCCCCAGCGUGGAUACGUCUACAGACUCCCAGGCUUCUGAGGAGAUGCAGAUGCUUUCUGAGGAGCGAAGCAAUACUCCAGAAGUUCACACUCCCCUGCCUGUUUCUCAGUCCCCUGAAAAUGAUAACGGUGAUAGGAGAAAUAGAAGGUUUUCGAUAACAGAAAGAAGUUUUGGCCAGAGGACUGCAAAAAAGCUGUCAGCCUUACCAAGUGUGCCACAGCAGCAGUCUUCCUCCUCUCCUCCUCCCCCUUUGCUCACUCCCCCCCCACCGCUGCAGCCUGCUUCAAGCAUCUCAGACCAUACCCCUUGGCUUAUGCCUCCAACCAUACCCUUAGCCUCACCCUUUCUUCCUGCUUCUGCUGCACCAAUGCAAGAGAAACGAAAAUCAAUUCUGCGAGAGCCAACAUUUAGGUGGACCUCCCUGAAACAUUCUAGGUCAGAGCCACAGUACUUCUCAUCAGCAAAGUAUGCCAAAGAGGGUCUUAUUCGCAAACCGAUAUUUGAUAACUUCAGACCCCCGCCACUAACACCAGAGGACGUUGGCUUUGCAUCUGGCUUCUCAACACCAGGUGCGACAGCACCCACGCGUCUCUUUUCACUUCACUCUGGAGCCAGGUUUGAUAUGCACAAGAGGAGUCCUCUGCUGCGAGCGCCACGAUUCACACCAAGCGAGGCCCACUCCCGGAUCUUCGAGUCUGUAACUUUGCCCUCUUCAGUUGGUCGCGCCACUACAGGGACCUCUGCCACCAGCACGUCCUCUCGGAGACGGAAGAGGAAAGCAUUCAGCCCCAUCCGAUCAGAACCCAGAUCUCCUUCGCACUCCAUGAGGACGAGAAGCGGAAGGCUUAGUACCUCUGACCUGACAGCUCUCACCCCACAGUCUUCUGUCUCUUCCUCAUUAACUAGUAUUUCAGUUAGUUCUCUUGCCACUAGUGCCUUAAAUUCAACUUUCACUUUUCCCUCCCAUUCCCUAUCACAGUCUGGGGAAUCAGCAGAAAGAAGCCAGAGACCAAGGAAGCAGACGAGUGCUCCAGCAGAACCUUUCUCGUCUGGUAGCCCUACUCCUCUCUUCCCGUGGUUCACAUCGAGUCCCCAGACAGAGAAAGGCAAAAACAAGGACAGAGCAGCAGAAGAACUCUCCAAAGAUAAAGAUGCUGACAAAGGCCUGGAGAAGGACAAGGGCAGAGAGAAAGACAGAGAGAGAGAAAAGGAGAACAAACGAGAGUCAAGGAAAGAGAAAAGGAGAAAAGGGUCAGAAAUACAAAGUAGCACUGCUUUGUUUCCUGUAGGUAAAAUGCCCAAAGAAAAAGUCAGCGAAGACACUGCAGCAUCAUCGUCUGCCAAAAAAACUGCAGGGCGGAAGAAGUCUACAGCAGUAGAUCCCACAGCAGAUGUUUCCACUGCUGCUCUGGUAGAUACGACUGUCAAAACCAAAACAUCCAAGAAAGGUAGAGGGGGGCUGGACAAAUCAGACCUGGAACUCAGCCCUACUGUCCCGUCAUUGGAGAAGGAAAAAGCUCUGCGUCUUUCUGCUCCUUCAUCAAGCACUGUUAAACAUUCUGCUUCCUCCAUCAGUUCUAUGUUGGCUCAAGCAGACAAACUGCCAAUGACUGACAAGAGGGUAGCCAGUCUUCUGAAAAAGGCAAAAGCUCAGCUGUACAAGAUUGAGAAGAGCAAGUCCCUCAAACAAGCAGAUCAGCCAAAAGCACAGGGGCAAGAGAGUGAUUCAUCAGAAACGUCAGUCCGAGGACCACGAAUAAAACAUGUUUGCAGGAGAGCAGCUGUCGCGCUGGGCCGCAAGCGAGCAGUGUUUCCUGAUGACAUGCCCACUCUGAGUGCCUUACCGUGGGAAGAGCGGGAGAAGAUACUGUCUUCCAUGGGGAAUGAUGAUAAGUCAUCGAUAGCUGGCUCAGAAGAGGCUGAACCUCUUGCUCCACCUAUCAAGCCUGUUAAGCCGGUCACCAGAAACAAGGCACAGCAAGAACCUCCGGUGAAGAAGGGCCGGCGCUCCAGGCGCUGCGGGCAGUGUUCGGGCUGCCAGGUUCCAGAGGACUGUGGUGUCUGCACUAACUGUCUAGACAAACCCAAGUUUGGUGGGCGCAAUAUAAAGAAGCAGUGCUGCAAAAUGAGGAAAUGUCAGAAUCUACAGUGGAUGCCUUCAAAAGCUUAUCUCCAGAAGCAAGCUAAAGCUGCAAAAAAGAAAGAGAAGAAAUCCAAGACAAAUGAGAAGAAAGAAAGCCAUUCUGGAAAAAACCAGUUGGACUCUGGACAGAAACAAACUCCUCAGGCUGUUGUACCAAGAGAAGACAAUUCUGGGAAGAAGAGCAAUGAGCCUGCCCGUAAGCCUGUUGAGGAAAAGCAUGAGGAUGGGAAUUCCUCCGUUCCUGUGUCAGAGCCCAAACAGGUCCCUGCAUCUGGUACCAGAAAGACUGGCAAGCAGAUUUCCCAGCCAGUCCAACUCCCUCCUUCUCAGCCAUCAAGCUCAGGACCUUUGAAAAAAGAAGCACCUAAACUUAGCACUUCUGAGCCCAAGAAAAAGCAGACUCCCCAGCCAGAAAUAGGCACAGAACAAAGCAAACAGAAAAAAAUUGCUCCCCGUCCAACUUUCCCUGUGAAACAGAAACCAAAAGAAAAGGAAAAGCCCCCUCCUCUAAGCAAGCCAGAGAGCAGCACACUGAACUUGCUCAGCACUCUGACUAACGGCAGCAGUUCCAAGCAAAAGCCACCUACAGAUGGAGUCCACAGAAUCCGGGUGGAUUUCAAGGAGGACUGUGAAGUGGAGAAUGUUUGGGAGAUGGGUGGGUUAGGCAUCGUCACCUCGGUACCUAUUACUCCCAGGGUGGUGUGUUUUCUCUGUGCCAGCAGUGGACAUGUGGAGUUUGUAUAUUGCCAGGUCUGCUGUGAGCCCUUCCACAAGUUCUGCCUGGAGGAGAGUGAGCGACCCCAGGAAGACCAGCUGGAGAACUGGUGCUGCCGUCGCUGCAAGUUCUGCCACGUCUGUGGGAGACAGCACCAGGCCACCAAGCAAUUGCUGGAGUGUAACAAGUGCCGAAACAGCUAUCACCCCGAGUGCCUGGGCCCCAACUACCCAACAAAACCCACCAAGAAAAAGAAAGUUUGGAUAUGUACCAAAUGUGUUCGCUGCAAGAGCUGUGGUUCAACAACACCCGGCAAAGGGUGGGAUGCACAGUGGUCUCAUGACUUCUCCCUGUGUCAUGAUUGUGCCAAACUCUUUGCUAAAGGAAAUUUUUGUCCUCUCUGUGACAAAUGUUAUGAUGAUGACGACUAUGAGAGCAAGAUGAUGCAGUGUGGGAAAUGUGACCGCUGGGUCCACUCCAAAUGUGAAAACCUUUCUGAUGAAAUGUAUGAGAUACUCUCCAACUUGCCCGAGAGCGUUGCAUACACCUGCAUUAACUGUACAGAGCAGCACCCUGCAGAAUGGCGUCUGGCACUGGAAAAGGAGCUGCAGAUUUCCUUGAAGCAGGUUUUAACAGCCCUGUUGAAUUCCAGAACUACCAGCCACUUACUGCGGUAUCGACAGGCAGCAAAACCGCCUGAUUUAAAUCCUGAGACAGAAGAGAGUAUCCCAUCCAGAAGCUCUCCUGAGGGUCCCGAUCCUCCUGUCCUAACAGAAGUCAGUAAACAGGAGGAACAGCAACCUCUCGAUCUGGAAGGAGUGAAAAGAAAAAUGGAUCAAGGAAGUUACACUUCUGUGUUGGAUUUUAGUGAUGACGUCGUGAAGAUAAUUCAAGCAGCCAUUAAUGCUGAUGGUGGGCAGCCAGAGAUUAAGAAAGCAAACAGCAUGGUCAAGUCCUUCUUUAUUCGGCAAAUGGAGCGUGUUUUUCCAUGGUUCAGUGUAAAAAAGUCCAGAUUCUGGGAGCCAAAUAAAGUAACAAGCAACAGCGGUAUGUUGCCGAAUGCGGUGCUGCCCCCGUCACUCGACCAUAAUUACGCUCAAUGGCAGGAGCGUGAAGAGAACAACCGCACUGAACAGCCCCCUCUGAUGAAGAAAAUCAUUCCAGCUCCAAAACUCAAAGGGCCUGGAGAGCCAGAUUCACCAACUCCCCUACAUCCUCCUACACCUCCCAUCUCUGGCUCUGACAGAAGCAGAGAGGAUAGUCCUGAACUGAACCCACCUCCAGAUGUGGAAGACAACAGGCAGUGUGCAUUGUGCCUGAAAUACGGUGAUGACAGUGCUAAUGAUGCUGGACGUCUUCUCUAUAUUGGCCAAAACGAAUGGACACAUGUGAACUGUGCUUUGUGGUCAGCAGAAGUGUUUGAAGAUGAUGAUGGUUCUCUGAAAAAUGUGCACAUGGCUGUGAUCCGGGGAAAGCAGCUGAGGUGUGAGUUCUGCCAGAAGUCAGGUGCCACAGUAGGCUGCUGCCUCACUUCCUGUACCAGUAACUAUCAUUUCAUGUGCUCACGAGUCAAGAACUGUGUCUUUCUGGAUGAUAAGAAAGUUUAUUGCCAGAGACAUCGUGACUUGAUCAAAGGAGAGGUGGUUCCUGAGAAUGGGUUUGAAGUUCUUAGGAGAGUUUUUGUGGACUUCGAAGGGAUCAGUUUGAGAAGAAAAUUUCUUAGUGGCUUGGAACCAGAGAACAUCCACAUGAUGAUUGGUUCAAUGACGAUAGACUGCUUAGGAAUUCUGAAUGACCUCUCAGACUGUGAAGAUAAGUUGUUUCCCAUUGGCUAUCAGUGCUCCAGGGUGUACUGGAGCACAACAGAUGCCAGGAAGCGCUGUGUGUAUACCUGCAAGAUCAUGGAGUGCCGACCUCCGGUCAUAGAACCUGACAUCAACAGCACUGUAGAGCAUGAUGAUAAUCGAACAAUUGCUCAUAGCCCAGUUCCCCUUACAGAAAUUCUACCAAAAGACACCCGAAAUACACCUGAAAUUGUAAACCCACCAUCACCAGAUCGUCCCUUGCAUUCUCAGACCUCUAGUUCCUGUUACUAUCCAGUGGUCUCAAAGGGUCCCAGGAUCAGGGCACCAAGUUACCCAUCUGCACAGAGGUCUCCUGGCUCAAGGCCAUUACCCUCUGCAGGAAGUCCUACCCCAGUGACCCAUGAAAUAGUGACAGUAGGAGAUCCUUUGCUAUCCUCAGGACUUAAGAGCAUUGGUUCUCGGAGACACAGCACCUCUUCUUUGUCACAGCAACAAUCAAAACUCCGGAUGAUUUCCCCUACACGAGCUGGGAACACGUACUCGAGGCACAGUGUGUCUUCAGUUUCCAGCAUGGGAGCCUCUUCAGAACAUGAACCGACUGUCAAAAGUACUGACCGCUUUGUGGGGUCGGUGAGCACAGGUCCUCCGAGUGCUCCACUUCAAAGUUGCUCUACCAGUUCAGGCUCACAGAAAACAGUGGCUGCAACUGGAAAUAAAACUUACCAGCUGGAUGCAUCUCAAUCUACAGAAGGGAAACAUUCCAGCAGUUCAGAUUUAAUAGCCAAAGGUGCACCUUUGAAGGGGGAGAAAAUGAAAACCUCAAAGGACCCAGAUUAUUCGUCUCAUACUUUCGUUUCUGGAGGAAAUUCCAAAGUGUCCACUCAGCCAACCAGUUCAUCAGGCACAGAAAUGAGUAAAAUAGGAACCUUUCAAGAGUGUUCAGGAUCAUUUUCUUCCAAAGAAGCAAUACCCUUUCCACCUUUGCAUCAGAGAGUCACAAGGAAAGACAGAGAUCAGCACAUGGAAACUUUACAGCCAGAGAAAACAACUGUGGUUGAUGAGAUGGAUGCAAAAACCUUGAAGGCUGCUGGACUAAACAACAGAUCUCCUGCAGCAAGUGAGCAGGUAGUUGCUGCCCCCAGAGAUAAACGUCAGAAAGGCAAAAAGUUAAUGAAAGACAGUUUUAAAGAGAAGCAUUCCUUGAAAUCUCUUACAGAGACAAGUCAAACAGUAGGCAGUGAUGAACUGAAACCAGACUUUGGCAAUCAGGGUUUGGCAACUGAAAAAAUUACCCAGAGGUUAUGUAAUAAUAUUCCUGCUGAAAAAGCUGGUGAGAAGUCUCCAUCUUCACAAGGGCCAUCCAGAGGGUCUGCAGUGCAGGUUGAAGCAGCCCCUAAGGAAUCGCAGGCACCCAGGAAACGAACUGUUAAAGUCACUUUGACUCCUCUCAAGAUGGAAAGUGAAAACCAGUCUAAAAAUGCACAGCAGGAAAGUGAUGCUGAAACUCAGUCUGCAGGGGCAGACCUGACUGCUUUGGCAGAGCCCUCCUCAGCUUCAGAAGGCCCAGAAGAGAACCCUGCAAUUCAGGGAAGUCCAAAUGAAGCACCAACACAGGAAUCUCAAAAUAACACAUAUGAAAAUUUGGCCAUUCGGGAUAAUAGCUUGAUGCUUCAGGAUGGCGCUAAAGCUCAAGAAGAAGGCUCAUACAAGCGGAGGUAUCCAAGGAGAAGUGCUCGGGCCAGAUCCAAUAUGUUCUUUGGACUGACUCCUCUGUAUGGUGUGAGGUCCUAUGGAGAGGAAGACAUUCCCUUCUACAGUAACUCAGCUGGCAAGAAGCGAGGGAAGCGGUCUGCAGAAGGACAAGUGGAUGGAGCAGAUGACUUGAGCACAUCAGAUGAAGACGACUUGUACUACUACAAUUUCACAAGGACAGUGGUUUCCUCAAACACGGAGGAGAGGCUCACAUCCCAUAGCUUAUUCAGGGAGGAGGAGCAGCAGUGUGAUCUUCCAAAAAUCUCACAGCUAGACGGUGUGGAUGAUGGAACUGAAAGUGAUACAAGUGUCACAGCAACAACCAGAAAAGUCAGCCAGGUAACUAAAAGGAGUGGCAAAGAGAAUGGGACAGAGAACUUAAAGCUGGAUAGAGCUGAAGAAGCUGGUGAGAAAGUGCAAGUCACCAAGAGCUCCACCAUCCACAAAACUGACCCCAAGAUUGAUAACUGCCACCCUGUGAGCAGGGUUAAAGCUCAGGGUCAGGACUCUCUGGAAGUGCAGCUGAGCUCGUUGGAAACAGGCCGCAGGGCUCAUGCAAGUACACCUGCCGACAAGAACCUGCUGGACACUUUCAACACAGAACUUCUGAAAUCUGACUCAGACAAUAACAACAGUGAUGACUGUGGGAACAUACUCCCUUCAGACAUCAUGGACUUUGUGCUGAAGAACACACCGUCUAUGCAGGCCUUGGGGGAAAGUCCAGAGUCCUCAUCAUCUGAACUCCUGACCCUUGGAGAAGGUUUAGGUCUUGACAGCAACCGUGGAAAGGAUAUGGGUUUGUUUGAGGUGUUCUCUCAGCAGCUGCCCACCACUGAACCAGUGGACAGCAGUGUCUCUUCCUCCAUAUCAGCAGAAGAGCAGUUUGAAUUGCCACUGGAGCUUCCUUCCGAUCUCUCUGUUCUGACCACUCGCAGCCCUACGGUGCCCAGCCAAAAUCACAACAGGCUUGCUGUCAUUUCGGAGUCUUCACUUUCCUCCUCAGGAGAGAGGUCAAUGCUUGCCUUGCCUUCCACAGAGUCUGGGGAGAAGAGAGUGACAGUCACAGAAAAAUCUGCCUCCGGGGAAGGUGAUGCGGCUCUCCUGAGUCCAGGAGUAGACCCAAGCCCCGAAGGACACAUGACUCCUGAUCACUUCAUCCAGGGUCACAUAGAUGCAGAGCAUAUAGCCAGCCCAGCCUGUGGCCCUGUCGAGCAAGGACAUGGCAGCAACCAAGAUUUAACAAGAAACAGCGGGACUCCAGGUAUCCAGGUGCCAGUAUCACCUACUGUUCCCCUCCAGAGCCAGAAGUAUGUGCCAAACUCCACUGACAGUCCUGGCCCCUCUCAAAUCUCCAAUGCUGCGGUGCAGACUACACCACCCCACCUCAAGCCAGCUGCAGAAAAACUUCUGGUAGUUAACCAAAACAUGCAGCCCCUGUACGUCCUCCAAACUCUUCCCAAUGGUGUCACCCAAAAGAUACAGUUAACGCCUUCUGUUAGUUCUGCACAGAGUGUGAUGGAAACCAACACUUCAGUGUUGGGGCCCAUGGGGAGCGGGCUCACGCUGACCACAGGGUUGAAUCCGAGCUUGCCUCCAUCGCAGUCAUUAUUCCCUCCCACGAGCAAGGGUCUACUGCCCAUGUCGCAUCACCAGCAUAUACAUCCCUUCUCCACACCUGCUCAGACAGGCUUCCCACCAAACAUCAGCAGUCCUUCACCAGGUCUUCUAAUCGGGGUGCAGCCACCCACUGAUCCUCAGCUCUUAGUGUCUGAAGCUAGUCAGAGGACAGACCUAGGUACUGCUGCUUCUACACCAGCUGCUGCCCUGGGCAAGAAACGGCCCAUAUCUCGUCUGCAGUCACGGAAGAACAAGAAGCUGGCUCCUUCUGGAACUCCUUCUGCUAUAGCUCCUUCUGAUAUGGUCUCCAACAUGACCUUAAUUAAUUUUGCUCCUUCCCAGAUUUCUAAUCACCCGUUGGAUUUGGGAACCAUUGCUAAUUCAACAUCCCAUAGAACUGUUCCUAAUAUUAUCAAAAGGUCAAAGUCUGGGGUCAUGUAUUUUGAGCAAGCAUCUUUGCUCCCGCAAGGUGGGACCACUACUGCAGUCAGCACAUCUCCCAGCAUUAUUGGUGCAGAUGCCAGUCACCUCCCAGCAGGGCCUGUAUCAGGCCUAACAUCGAGUUCCUCGGUGCUGAAUGUCGUAUCCAUGCAGGCCACAGCAGCCCCUAGUACUGGUGGGUCAGUUCCUGGUCACGUUUUGGGACAAAGUUCUGUAACGUUAACAAGCCCCGGAUUAUUGGGGGACCUUGGUCCGAUAAGCAACCUCCUGAUCAAAGCUAGUCAGCAAAGCCUUGGUCUUCAGGAGCAGCACAUGACUUUACCACCAAGUUCUGGGAUGUUUUCUCAAUUGGGAGCAUCUCAGACUCCGUCUACGGCAGCCAUGACAGCUGCCUCGAGCAUAUGUGUUCUACCCUCAGCACAGACAAUGGGCAUGACAGUCGCUCCAUCGUCUGCUGACCCAGAAGGCUCGUACCAGCUUCAGCACAUGACACAGCUUUUAGCCAACAAACCCGGGGUUGCAUCCUCCCAGCUGGACCUUAGCACAGUUUCGGCAACGACACAGUUGUCAAGCUUUCCACAGCUGGUCGAUGUUCCAAACAAUACCGGACUCGAACAAAGCAAGGCUUCCUCGUCAGUGAUGCAUGCCAGUUCAGCAUCUCCAGGAGGCUCCCCAUCACCUGGCCAGCAGUCUGCAAGUAGCUCUGUGCUGGGUGCCACGAAAAUGAAGCCAAAAGUCAAACGCAUCCAGCCAUUGUUAGACAAAGGGAAUGGAAAGAAGCACAAAACUUCUCACGCAUGGGCUGGUUCUUCUGAAGCUCACGUUCCUGAAAAAGGGACUGUUGCUGUACCCCAGGUCUUGGCUACAGGGACUCCUGCUGUGAAGGCAGAUGCGCAGGAUGCAGCCAGUGUUGAUCAGCCGUUGCAAAAUCCACAUGGGCAGUCUGCAGGGCAACUGGCUGUGGUCCCAGAACCUCAAUCAACGCAGAACUCAAUAAAUGAGCAAGAAAAUGCAGGCUCAAAAGCUCUCGAGGAAGAAGAGAGCACUUUCAGCUCCCCUCUUAUGUUUUGGCUUCAGCAAGAACAGAAGAGGAAAGAGUGUCUUGGUGAGAAGAAACCGAAAAAAGGUUUGGUUUUUGAGAUCUCUAGUGAUGAUGGCUUUCAGAUCUGCGCAGAAAGCAUUGAAGAUGCCUGGAAGUCGCUGACUGACAAGGUGCAAGAGGCCCGUUCGAAUGCCCGCCUGAAGCAGCUGUCCUUUGCAGGUGUGAAUGGUCUGAGGAUGUUGGGGAUUAUCCAUGAUACUGUUGUGUUCCUGAUAGAGCAACUGUACGGAGCGAAGCACUGCCACAAUUACAAGUUCAGAUUUCACAAGCCAGAGGAGGCCAAUGAACCUCCUUUAAACCCACAUGGCUCUGCUCGGGCUGAAGUCCACCUGAGGAAAUCUGCAUUUGAUAUGUUUAAUUUCUUGGCGUCUAAACACCGACAGCCACCAGAAUACAACCCAAAUGAUGAGGAAGAGGAAGAAGUGCAGCUGAAAUCAGCCCGGAGGGCGACCAGUAUGGAUCUGCCAAUGCCCAUGCGCUUCCGGCACUUGAAGAAGACCUCCAAGGAGGCAGUUGGUGUCUACAGGUCUCCUAUCCAUGGCCGGGGUCUGUUCUGCAAAAGGAACAUCGAUGCAGGUGAGAUGGUGAUUGAAUAUUCAGGCAAUGUCAUUCGCUCCAUCCUCACUGACAAACGAGAGAAAUACUACGACAGUAAGGGCAUUGGGUGCUACAUGUUCCGCAUUGAUGACUCUGAGGUGGUGGAUGCCACCAUGCACGGGAACGCGGCUCGCUUCAUCAACCACUCCUGUGAGCCCAACUGCUACUCCCGGGUCAUCAACAUCGAUGGCCAGAAACACAUCGUCAUCUUUGCCAUGCGCAAAAUCUACCGAGGGGAAGAGCUCACCUAUGACUAUAAGUUCCCCAUUGAAGACGCCAGCAACAAACUGCCCUGUAACUGCGGUGCCAAGAAGUGCAGGAAGUUUUUAAACUAGAACUUCCAUGAGAUGCAAGUGAGCCCUGCAGGGCCUGGGGUGAACCAAAGCUUUGAGUGAGCGAGGCCCUCCCCAGCCAGUCAGAUGGGACAGAGAGGCCAGAAGCAGGAGUGAAGAUGGACUGGGCUCAGGGACCUGAGACUGGCAGCUGUGUUUGUCCGAGUCCACAUCUUCAUGUCUCGCAUGUGCACACUCACCCUUGUGAGAGACAUGGGCGGCUGGAGAAGAUCCUCAGCAUGGUUAUGUUUUUGCUAUUCUCAUUUCCCCCCGCCUCCAUAUUUGUUUCUCAGCGUGGGGCUAAUGAGUGGGAGAGGAGAGGGAAGGUCA